UCAGAGUCUUGUCGCAGAGCGGGGUCUUCAUCGCGACUUGUCGCCAUGAUCUUUGUCCACGCGCGACGGCAUCGCGUUGCCAUACCCAUUGCGAUUCUCAUUUUGCUGAUUAUCGGCCUAAGCUACCAAGGCGUCGCAAUUCCCGAUCAGAACUCUUGGCCAAAAUGGUCAUCACCUUCAUCUGCGCCCUCACGCCAGCCCAGCCCUCCUGCCGCCACUCCAGAACUCUCCAAGGAUUAUCAACAGGAGGGUCUAGAAAGUGACUGGUGCGAGGAGAGAUAUGGGCUCAAGUAUCUCGAGAACGCUCGCGACUCGGCAGUUUCCUACUGCAAGCCUGAGUCUAGCUCGGGUUUCCACUGCUUCUGGUCCAGCACCGCCGACAGCCGGACAGACGCCAUGUGUUAUGGCCAUGGCGCAGUGUUUGACGCCCAAAAGAAGAAGUGGCGGAUGGACUGCGACUUGAGAAACUUGACCGACGAAGAACUUGAGAGAGGCGUUCGUCAAGUACCCCAGGACCUCACGCGCUACUGGUAUGGCACCGGUCCCGGGCAUGUCAUGCAGAGCUAUGUAACUACGGAUGGAGGAAAGGGAGAUGAAAAGACAAACAGAACCACCAUCCUCCUCAAGCGCGAGGGUGCCGGUAACCCCUGGCACUGCCUGAUGGAGAUCAUGAGUCUCGCGUAUACUGUCGACAUCCUCCAGAUCUCAGUGGACCCGGACACCAAGGAGCCCUUCCUCACUGCCAAGGACGGCGAGACUGCUCAGGUUGUUGUGCUGGACGACGAGCCAGACGGCCCCUACUGGGACCUCUGGAGACUCUUCGCAAAGCUGCCUAUCCGUCGCAUCGCCGACUUGAAGGCCGACGAGCCUCCGACAAACAUCAUCCUCCCCUUCGCGGGCGGCAGCAACCCCCUCUGGCAAGGUGACUGGACACCCAAUGGCUGUCGGGACUCCCCACUUGUCACGACGUUUGCCAGGCGCGCCCUCGCCCUAUACGGCGUCAAGAGACAGAACCGCACCGACGACGUCGCCGUCACCUUUGUCAAGCGCACUGGUACUCGCUCCCUCCACAACGAGACGGAGCUCCUGAACGCUGCGCGCGCCGCAAUCCCCAACAUGAAGAUCAACGAGGUCGACUUUGCCACCAUGAAGUUCAAGGAGCAGCUCGAGGUGGUGCAAAAGACGGACCUUCUCGCGGGCGUCCAUGGCGCCGGUCUUACUCACACCAUGUUCCUCCCCCGCGGCUCGGCAACCCUCGAGAUCCUCCCCGACGAGUUUUUCCACAAGGGAUUCCGCAACCUUGCGCAGAUCAUGGGCAACGGGUACUUUAGCACUCACGGCAAGGUGCCUGGCGGGACCGACAGCGACUGGCAGAAUAACGCGGUCGAGAUUGACGAGGACAAGUUCGUCGAGGCGCUGAGGGAAGCCGUUAGGAGCUUGUAUAACAGCGGUGUGCGGAGUUUCGAUGCUGUGUGA